AUGUUAUUUUUCCAAAAAGAAAAUAAAUUGGUAGAAAUCUUUACAUGAGGGGAGGGGCUUAAUAAAUUUCUUCACUUAAAAAGGACUCAUUAAUGGGGGGGGGGGCUAAAUGGAGAGGAUACAGUUAAUGUAGCCUGCGAACAGGCUCUUAGAAUUGAAGAGAUUUCAAAGAGAGCCUGUCCGCAGGCUACAGUUCAUGUUAACUAAAGUUAUUUCAUAAUUGUUAUAUACUUUUAUCAUUCCAGUUCAUAUUUAAGAAACUGUAUGGGAAAUCAGGGCGAGCAAAAGGUACAUUGAGAUUCUUCCGUGAGAAAUUACAACGUCGGAAUGUCACUAAGGACAUCAAGCAUUAUGAGGACUGUGAACAGUUGUUUCUUAGUGUGGGUAGAGCUUACACUGUCACAGCCUUGCUACACUUUUUUGGCAUGGCUGGUAUUGAUGAUCCUCCACAAAACCAUCUCUGUCCAUAUGAUGUCAUCCAUGGGGAUGGGGAUAAGCUGGAAUACCUUAACGCAGUCCUUGAUAAGUUUGUGGAUGAGUAUUUACUGCCCAAGACACAAGUUGAUCUUGAUCUUAACGAAGCAUCAGAUGAUUCUCCAGAUCAAGUAAGGGAAUAUUCACUGUGCCUUCUAAGAUUUUUCUUUAUAUUAGAAUGCAUUAGACAGGCAGUGAAGUCAGGCAAUGGUGACCAGCUAGCAGCUCUACGUAAGGUGUUACUCAAGCAUUUCAAAAGUGACCCCAGCCACAACACUUAUGCAAUUGAAAUGCUCAUCAGUAUUUUGCAAGAUGAAGUCUUCUUAACGAAGAGACAGGCUCAUCAAACUAG